AGCUGCCUCUUCAACAGUACCUAUCAAGAUGGCCGCUCUAGGGUCUGUGCUAAAAAAAGUUGCUACUGUUGGUUUAUUAAAACGAUCAACGCUAAAUUAUGGCCCUGUUUGCACGGCGAUUCGCCAAUCACAUGAAGUCUGGUACCCUGAUAAAGACUACUACAAGGAUUACAAACACCCAUUGUUCUACCCUGAGUUUGCUGAUAGAGAAAUGAAACUGCCCCCUUAUGACUUGAGAGUGCCCGAGCCAGACGGGAGGAUACAAAAUAUCGUGUUGAACUUUGGCCCCCAGCACCCCGCCGCCCAUGGUGUGCUGCGACUUGUACUCACCCUCAGUGGUGAGUCGGUGCUCAGGGCUGACCCUCACAUUGGACUACUGCACAGGGGCACAGAGAAGCUGAUAGAGUACAAAACUUACACACAGGCUUUACCCUAUUUCGACCGACUUGACUAUGUGUCCAUGAUGUGCAGUGAACAGGCUUAUUGUCUAGCCAUUGAAAAGUUGCUGAACAUUCAGGUGCCCCCCAGGGCUAAGAUGAUCAGAACACUGUUUGGUGAAAUUACCCGCGUCUUGAACCACAUCAUGUCUAUUGGAAGUCAUGCCCUGGACAUUGGUGCCAUGACACCACUUUUCUGGCUGUUUGAGGAGAGAGAAAAGUUGAUGGAGUUCUAUGAAAGAGUGUCUGGGGCUCGUCUCCACGCUGCCUAUUACCGACCUGGUGGUGUAACUCUGGACAUGCCCCUUGGUCUGAUGGAAGACAUCUACGAGUGGGCCUGCAAGUUUGGCCAGAGGCUGGACGAGGUGGACGACCUUUUAACAGAGAACAGGAUCUGGAAGGCUAGGACUGUUAACAUUGGUGUCAUCUCAGCAGAGGACGCUCUUAACUACGGCUUCAGUGGUGUGAUGCUGCGUGGGUCAGGAAUUAAAUGGGAUCUUCGUAAGGUUCAGCCCUAUGAUUCCUAUGCAGAGGUUGACUUUGAUGUGCCUGUAGGGAACAGAGGAGAUUGUUAUGACAGGUAUUUGAUUCGUAUGGAGGAGAUGAGGCAGAGCUUGAGGAUUAUCCUGCAGUGCAUGAACAAGAUGCCCCAGGGAGAGAUCAAGACAGAUGACAACAAGGUCACACCACCCAGUAGAGCUGAAAUGAAGGACUCUAUGGAAGCUUUGAUCCACCACUUCAAGCUGUUUACAGAAGGUUUCCAGGUACCCCCAGGCACCACAUAUGCUGCAGUGGAAGCUCCCAAAGGUGAGUUUGGAGUCUACCUUGUAUCAGAUGGCACCAACAAACCCUACAGGUGUAAGAUUAAAGCCCCAGGAUUUGCCCAUUUGGCUGCCCUUGAUAAAUUGUCCAGAAAACACAUGUUGGCUGAUGUAGUGGCUAUUAUAGGAACCCUUGAUAUUGUGUUUGGAGAGGUGGACAGAUAAGCUCUUUCAUUGGUCAAGCUGUUGGUUGUCAACUAUAGCAAGUUUAUUUAUAACUGUUCUCAACUUUGACCUCUAGGUAGAGAAACAAAUUUCCAAGCUUUGGGCAUAUUUAGUGGUUAUUGUUGUGUAAUGAAAGCUGUUGUGAGAUGAUAUAUGGUACAGAUCAGACAUAAGACUUGGGCUUACGGUUUGUUCAGAAAACCUGGUUAGGAAGAAGUUUGUUGAGUGAAUUUAUUUAGAUUUAAAAUUAUGGUUAAUUUAAAUAUGUACAUACAUAGUGAUCAGCUAACAUUGUAAAGUGGUAAGAAUAAUCUAAGUACAGGUUUUUUAUUAUCUUAAAAACAUAGUUUAUAUAGCUGUUGGAGAACAAUUCUAAUGGUUAUCUCCCUUAUGACUAGUUGACUGACAGUUUUUAGUUAUCUAUAACUGAAUGUUUUGUGAGUUAUGUCCCGUUGAUAUAUGUUAGUUUUGUACUAUAAGAAUUGGCUAUAACUUCUUUGGAAGUUUAAUCUCAGAACAUUUAUGUAUGUAAAGUUGAGAGAGAAUUAAAAAUUUAAAUUGUUU